AUGUACGAAGAGUCCUUGGAGCUUCUUGCUUUCUGCAAGAGCUUGUUACAAGCACAUGAAGCUCGCGGAGAAGACAUCCAUGUUUUGACGCACAUGAAGCAUCAGGUGGCUGUGCAAAGGACUAAUCUCCGCGAUUCCUUGGCGGCGCAGCUCAGAACGGACAUCCAUCUUCCAGCCUGCGUGCGCAUUGUCGGCUUCCUGCGGCGAGUGCAGCGCCACUCCGAGGAAGAACUUCGUGAACUCUUCAUUGAGCAUCGCAGCAAGUUCCUGGAUACCCACAAGCAACAGGUUGAACUUCUUCGCCACAGCCGUGGCAGUGUGGGGACGGCGCUGCGGAAUGCAGCUGACCUGCUGCGGACGCAUCUCGCCGGUGCAGUAGCACGCAUGGAGCAGUACUCCCGUGAGAUGCUAGACAGCGCCCUGCUGACCUUCCAUGCCGAGCUUGGGCGCUACGACUGGGUGCCUUCCACAGCCCUGGCAGGAGGCGGCGCGUCGGCGGGCUGGCUGCACCCACAGGCCUUAGAGCUCACUCGGCACCGCCCGUUGGCGGUCCUUACCAACGACAUUGUUCAGGCCGGCAUGUGUUUCCUUGUUUGCUCAGACGUUUACAACCAGGUUGAUCUUCCCAACUUCGUCGUCGAGCGAGUCGUCGCAUUCGUAGCAGCACGGGUGAUAGCAGCAGCAAUCGGCGUCGUAGUGGUGAUGGUGGCACAGCGGCAGUGGCAGUGGGAGUGCUAG